UUGCAUGAUUUAUAAGUUUGUCUUUCGAUUGUUAUCCGUUUUCGGUUGCUGUUUUAAAUUUUAAGUGUAUGCUGUAUUCCCAUUUAAAAAUAGAGAUUAACAACAGUUCUGGUUUAAGGCAGCUUUGGACUGUUACUUAAUUCCUGUUCGUGCGCCAGCGAUCUACAGUCGCUACUUUCCGGGUCUAGGGCAGCUUUGUCAAAGAACAUCGGAACUUCACAAUGCCUCCCGCUCCACCCAUCAUCCUGGCGUUUUCCAACCCGGAAAAUGAUUUCCGGGGUAAACAGUUGGUGAUCAGUAAUAUCAAUGCCUGUCAGAUCGUCGCCGACGCUGUGAGGUCCACGUUGGGUCCUCGCGGUAUGGACAAGAUGAUUGUCGAGGGUAACGCCAAGGUAACCGUAUCCAACGACGGAGCAACCAUCAUGAAACUACUGGAUGUGGUUCAUCCGGCUGGAAAAAUGCUGGUGGAUAUCGCGAAGAGCCAGGAUGCUGAAGUUGGUGAUGGGACCACGACAGUGGUUUUGCUUACUGCAGAAUUUCUAAAACAAGUCAAGCCUUUUAUCGAAGAAGGAGUACAUCCACAAGUGAUAAUCAAAGGUUUCCGGAAGGCAACGGAAAUGGCUAUUGACCGUGUCAAAGAGUUAUCAGUGAAAAUAAAAAAAGAUGAUCCAGCCGGAUUACGAGCAAUUCUGGAACGUUGCGCCCAGACGACUCUCAGCUCAAAACUGCUGUGUGCGAACCGAGAGUUUUUUGCGAAAAUGGCUGUAGAUGCCGUAAUGCUACUUGGUGAUUUACUGCCAUUGGAUAUGAUCGGUAUAAAGAAAAUCACCGGUGGUGGACUGGAGGAUUCGAUUCUCGUGGCGGGUGUUGCUUUUAAGAAGGCUUUUUCAUAUGCUGGAUUUGAAAUGCAACCGAAGCAUUUUAAGAAUGCAUUGAUAGCCAUAUUGAACAUUGAACUGGAACUUAAAGCGGAAAAGGAUAAUGCCGAAGUCCGCGUGGAGGAUGUCGAUGAAUAUCAAAAAAUUGUUGAUGCCGAAUGGCAAAUCUUAUACAACAAGCUGCAAGCCAUCCACGAUAGCGGCGCUAAAGUGGUUCUGUCUAAACUGCCGAUCGGUGAUGUGGCAACUCAGUGGUUUGCCGAUCGUGAUAUGUUCUGUGCUGGACGUAUCCCUCAAGAAGAUCUCAAACGUGUCCAGAAGGCAUGCGGUGGAUCCAUCCAGACGUCCGUCCAGAACUUAUCAAAGAACGAACUGGGGACGUGUGGAGAUUUUGAAGAGCGCCAAGUUGGUGGCGAACGGUUCAAUUUCUUUACGGAAUGCCCACUGGCUAAGGCCUGUACGCUCGUUUUGCGAGGUGGCGCGGAGCAGUUUAUCGACGAGAUGGAACGAUCGCUGCAUGAUGCCAUUAUGAUCGUUCGUCGGGCUCUGAAGCAUGACAGUGUAGUAGCGGGUGGCGGAGCCAUCGAGAUGGAGCUGAGCAAAUUUUUGCGAGAUUAUGCCCGCACCAUUCCGGGCAAACAGCAGCUGAUCAUCAGUGCGUAUGCCCGCGCACUGGAAUGCGUCCCACGGCAACUGUGCGACAAUGCUGGCUUUGAUUCCACAAACAUCCUCAAUGAAUUACGCCAGAAGCACGCCCAAGGAGCGAAGUGGUAUGGGAUCAACGUUUUUACCGACGGCAUCGCGGAUAAUUACGCAGCCUGUAUUUGGGAGCCAUCCCUGGUGAAAAUUAAUGCACUGACAGCGGCAUCGGAAGCCUGUUGUCAGAUUUUGUCCGUGGAUGAAUUGAUCAAACACUCCAAGGGUGCUAAUGAAUAUCAGGCUCCUGAUGUUUUGCCUGGACGUGGUCGGGGCCGACCGAUGUAGCUUGACUACUGACUUCUAGUGUCUCGUUCCUUGUUUUAAGUGAAUUGACAGUUUAGUGGAUCAUUUUUGUAGUCCUGGUUUAUUUGUUGUUUCACUGACUUUUAAGGAGUUUCUUGCGAAUCAGUGUUUGCAUCGUUAUUAGUAACAAAAAUUCUUCAAAAGAGAUAA